GCUCAAGGACACGCAUUAACAUAAAGAUAGUGAUACUAAACACACGAGGCGUUAAUCCGCUGUCAUUUGUUAGUCGGCGCGACGCAACAGUGCGGUGCAGAGGUUGCGUACAGUCAUUGUGUCUCUCCACUGGUAAGUCAUAAAAUUUAUAAAAUUCACUUAAUUUAUUUGCUUUUACUGCAUAUAUAUAAUAGUACUGAAAUAGUUAAGGUGUGAUAUUAAUAUUAACCCAAAAUUAACUUAUGUCCGUUUAAAAAUUUGAAUUUGUUAAGAAAACGUCUCUCCCCUGUCAUAUUUCCCCUGGCAAGAUAACUACCAGGGGAGAUACUCACUGACCAGGGGAGAUAAUGUGGAUACAGACUAAUUCAGAUAAUAAAUAACUUCUAUUACGUUCUCAAAAUACGUUUUAAUUAUUAUUAUUAUUAUUAUUAUUAUUAUUAUUAUGGUUAAAAAAUAUACGAGGUUUUUAGUUUAUCCGUCAUAUGUUUUUUAUGUGUGUACGUAGCUUAUGAUCCUACUUUAAUAAUAUAUUGUUAUUAUAUUGUUGCCCAUGAUAUUGUUACAGAUCAUGUCACCCAUCAAUAAGGUAACACGUGAAGAACGAUUAGAGAAGAAGCGCCAGGCAGAGAGAUUACGCUAUCAAAAAAUUAAAAAUGAUCCCGAAAAGUGUGAAAUGCAAAAACAAAAAGAAAAGAAAAAAUAUUUAAAUAAAAAGGAAAAAGGAAUUGUAAAAACUGUCGACCAAAUGACUCCCAGAGAGCAACGUAAGGCUCGAAAGUUAUGGAAGAAGAAAGCAAGAGAGCGUAGGAAACGAAUUGCCCUUCAAAAUGUUCCGGUAACACCAUCUACUUCAAAUGAUGAUGUUGAAAUGCCUCCAGGAAAUGUUAAUAGAAGAGCUAUAGCUGCUAAAAUUAAAUCAAAUCGAGCAAGAAAAGAGAGAUAUUUAAAUAAUAAAAAAAAAAAUGAAGCAGUAAAAAAUCUAAAGAUUAAAUUAACAAAUUGUAAAAAAAGAUUACAAAGAUUACAAAAGCCUAAAGAACUUACACCUAACAAGAAAGUAGAUCAAGUGAUGAAUUCUCCAAGUGCCAGACCCACAAUAAAGAAAAAAUUACUAUUUGCAGAAGUACUUGAUCAACAAUUGAAAGAAAAUUUUUCUGCUUUUCCAAAUGAAAAGGAAAAACGAAUUUUUAAAAGAGUUAUUAGUGGAAAAUUGGUAAAAAAAUAUGGCAUAUUUCAGAACGAAAAAAAUAUGAAACCUUUGAGAAAAUUUGGAAAGGUAGGAUUGAUGGAAACUAAACGAAAAGUGAAAGCAAGCUAUGAAAUAACAAAAAGAAAAAUUAUAAAUUUUCUUGAAGAUGAUUCUAAUUCGAGGUUAUGUGCUGGUAAAAGAGAUUAUGUGACGAAGAAGGGAGACCGUAAACAAAAGAGAGUUCUUUUAGAUACUUUAAAAAAUCUCCACAUAUCUCUCAUGAAGAAGUGCAAUAUCACAAUCUCAUAUUCUUUAUUCUGUCGCCUAAGGCCAUUUUGGAUAGUACACCCGAAUUGUGACAAACGUGACACUUGUCUCUGCAUUACUCACGCUAAUAUGGAUCUAAUUCUUGCGGCUCUAUUUCAAGUUAAAAUUAUAUCUAUAUCAAACCAUCAAAAUCUGCUUAAAAUAAUUUGUUGCAAUAGGUAUAACGAGCAGUGUCUCUUACGAGAAUGCGCAACUUGUAAAAAUAAAAGACUUUUAUACAAAGAAUUCAAUAAUAGUAUCCAAAUUGUCUACAAAAAAUGGGAAUCCGUCACCGUUAAUAUAACUGAUCCGAAAACGCAUAAGGAAAGGAAGGUGACAAAGUAUUUAAAAAAGUCAAUUCAGAUUUAUCCUCGUGAUUUAAUCAUGCAAUUUGAACACAACUUGGAGCAUUUUCUUCACCAUGAACGGAACAUAGUGCACCAGCAUUCUGCUUUUAAAAUUAAAAAGACAACUUUGACAGAAAAAGAAGCUAUGAUUCACAUGGAUUUCAGUGAGAAUUACUUAACUAAAUACGCAGAAGAGAUUCAGGCAAUGCAUUUCGGAGGUUCGCGUCAACAAAUAAGUCUGCACACGGUUGUAACUUACACGAAAGAGGAUUCAUCAGGUGAAGUAAAGACUACAUGCUAUUGUUCUAUGUCACAAAAUUUGUUACAUUCACCUCCAGCUAUAUGGGCACACUUACAGCCACACUGUUCAAAAUUUUAGCUAUUUUU